AUGGAUACACGUUUAAAAGUGCUAAGGCGGAUUGAUAAUGGUGAAUCCGUAGCGAAAAUAUGUGCAGAAUUUAAUGUUGGAAAAAGCACUGUAAAUGACUGGCGAAGAGAUAAGCGUUCCAUUGAGGAGUUUUGCUCGAAAAUGGAAUCUGAUAGAAAUCUGGGUAGCCGUUGUACGAGAAAAAAAAAACCGAUUUGCGAGGUCGUCGAUGAAGCUUUGUGGAUCUGGUUUCUUCAGGAACGUCGAAGAGGUACACCGAUUGGCGGCCCAAUUUUGAAAGAAAAAGCUUUGGCUAUCCACCAGAAGAUUAACAUUGGAGGUGACUUUGUGGCAAGUGAUGGUUGGCUUAAUCGAUGGAAGAAGCGACACGGAAUUUAUUUCGCACAUGUAAGUGGAGAAAAAAUGUCUGCUGAUACUUCUGGUGCGACAGAAUUCAAGACUAAGUUUGGUGAAAUGGUUAAAACAGAGGAACUAUCUCCAGAACAAGUCUAUAAUAUGGACGAGACCGGUCUAAACAUUAAAAUGUUACCAGAAACAACUUUUCUAGGCAGUCAUGAACAGUCUGCCUUUGGCUUCAAAAAGAACAAAGAACGUAUUACAGUGGCCGUUUGUUCGAAUGCAGCAGGGACUCAUAAAAUUCCUCUUCUCGUUAUUGGCAAGUCUGCUAAACCACGGUCAUUCAAAAACUUGAAUCCAUCUUCCCUUCUGGUUUAUUAUAAGCCACAAAAAUCAGCGUGGAUGAAUUCAGACUUGUUUAAAGAGUGGUUUAAUUUGGAGUUUGUUCCAAAAGUUAAAAAAGAUUUAAAAAGUGUAAACUUGCCUAUUAAAGCAAUUCUUGUAUUAGAUAAUGCUCCAACCCAUCCUCAUGACUGCGCUGUAGAUGACAUAAAAUUAGUUUAUCAUCCUCCUAAUGUGACAAGCUUAGUGCAACCAAUGGACCAAGGAGUGAUCGAAAGCUUAAAAAGACGAUACAGGCGGACUGAAGAAGAAGAAAACAAAUCUACUUUACAAAAGUUAUCGGGUAACGAAUCAUUACAGGCAGAAGAUAUGGAAAAUUGGAUGAUAAACUUUGACGAACACCUUGAAAAUGAAUUUUUGAAAGAUGACGAAAUCAUAGAUUUAGCAAACAAAGAACAAGAGGAAGUUGAUGAGAGUAGUGACGUUGAAGAGGAGAAAACAGUUUCUCAUGAAGAAGCCAAAAAUGUGAUGGAAAUUGCAUUGAAAUACAUUGAGCAGCAACAUGAGUCAACAGCAUUAGACGUUUUGCAUCGGCUACAGCAACAACGGCAGCAACAUAAUGCUAUGACAAGACAAGCCAAGCUGCGAACAACAAGUGAUAAGUGA